GAGAGAAAUGUGGAAACAUCACUGCAGUCUCUGAUGUCUGUGAAUCUGAGACACGACUACAAAAGCGGAGUGAGCUUCGUAUAUUUUUUGGGGCCUGCGAAGCCAAUCAGCGCGCGGAGAUUAUUCAACACAGGAAGUCGUCAUCGCUGGCUGAGCAGAAUUCCCGCGAAGACUUCAGACUUCUCACAUCAUGAGUAAGAGGAAGCUGCAAGAUGCUCAUCUGCCAGUGGGAGAAUGCAUCACAGAGGUACAGAAGAUUUUAAGGGAGCGGCUCUGCCAUCAGCGGCUCCCCGACAAGCCGGAGGGAGUAGAAGCUCAACACAGGCACCUCCUGGAGCUGCUGAAGCGCACGGCCAUCCACGGGGAGAGUAACUCGGUGCUAAUCGUCGGCCCCAGGGGAGCCGGGAAAACGAUGCUGCUCAGGUGUGUGUUGAGAGACCUGCUGGAGGACAAAGAAGCACAGAAGAGCCUGCUACAGGUUCAUCUCAACGGUCUCCUGCAGACAGACGACAGAAUAGCACUUAAAGAAAUAACACGGCAGCUCCACCUAGAAAACGUCGUCGGAGACAAAGUGUUUGGGAGUUUUGCAGAAAAUCUGGGUUUCCUGCUGGAGGCACUAAAGAAAGGUGAUCGCAGCAGCAGCCGCCCGGUGCUCUUCAUCCUGGAUGAGUUCGACUUGUUCGCCCACCACAAGAACCAGACCCUGCUCUACAACCUGCUUGACGUUUCCCAGUCCGCCCAGGCCCCCAUCUGUGUGGUCGGCAUCACCUGCAGACUGGAUGUCCUGGAGCUGCUGGAGAAGCGGGUGAAGUCGCGGUUUUCCCACCGUCAGAUCCACCUGCUGAGCAGCGCUACGUUGGCUCAGUACGUGGAGCGGGUCCAGACCCAGCUCAGCGUGCCGGAGGAUUUCCCCGACACGAAGUUCGCCCAGGAGUGGAACGACAGUAUCAAGGUUUUGUGCGAGGACAAAUCAGUCGAGGAGGUUUUACAGAGACACUACAACUCGAGCAGAGACUACCGUUCAAUGCACAUGCUGCUGAUGUUGUGUCUGAGUCGCGUCUCUGUCGCCAAACCUGCAAUCAAACCUGCCGACCUCCUGGAGGCCAGCCGGCUGUGUUUCGCCGACCCCAAGGCCAAUAUGCUCCAUGGUCUGUCCAUCUUGGAGCUGUGCCUGAUCAUCGCCAUGAAGCACCUGAACGACCUCUACGAGGGAGAGCCGUUCAACCUGCAGAUGAUUCACAACGAGUUUAAGAAGUUCCUGCAGAGGAAGUCCAACUCCAUGUACAACUUCGAGCAGCCGGUCAUCAUGAAGGCCUUCGAGCACCUGCAGCAGCUGGAGCUGAUCCGACCGGUUGAUGGCUCCUCGGCCAAAACCCAGAGGGAGUACCAGCUGAUGAGACUCAUGCUGGACCACAGUCAGAUCAUGGACGCUCUGCAGAAGUACCCACAAUGCCCCACGGAGGUCAAGCAGUGGGCCAUGUCGGCGUUCGGUUAGGACGUGUGUUUUUGCUGUGUCACCAGCCCCGUGAGAGAAAACAGGAAAUAACACCUCGAUGUUUGGAGACGUGGAUCCUAAAGAAACAAGCUGUUUAUGUUUCUGGGAUUUUUGUGGGAUCAAAACAAUAUAAAGCUCCGAAGUGAACAUGAGGACGACAGCCUGAACCCAAGCACUGGAAUUACAACUGACUGUGUAAUGUCCUCAACCAUUACAUUUGUUUCAUGUCAGGAGUUUUUUUAAUGUAUUAAAGGAUCAACUAUCACUAAAUAAAAAGUGUAAAGUCAUUGAUUUGCAGAUGAGAAAGUAGGUCAAGUGCAUCCCAUUGGCUGGAAGGAAUUUUUGGAGGGUUUAUCUGCUCAAUGCUGCCACCUAGUGGGGGAUUUCUGUAGCGGCCACUAGCCUGGUCAGGGAGGACAAACCCUGAGAAAACAUGGAACAUACUGUACAUAUAUGCAGUAAACAUAUCUAUUAAUAAGUCAGAGCACCAGGCCUGUUAUAGGAAUAUGUAGAGUUCAACGUGCUUUAGUUUGAAAAGAUAACACAGCCUUAAAUUCAAUUUGAGUAAGUCUCAGUAAUUAUAUUGUAAUUCUCUGUUUCAUAUGGUAUAUUAUUUAGAAGUGAAGGGCACCUCACACUCGUCAGUGCUGCUAUUUAAAAGGUAAUUUUUUUUAAGUGCACACGUUUUUAAAAGCAAAAUCUUUUAUGAAACUAAAAAAGGAUAAAUUUAAAUAAAAUAAAUUAAAUAAAAGUUGCACUACCGCAGUAUUUGAAUAUAAAAACACCCUGUUGAGUACAUUGAACUCCUGUUUUGUAUUUCAUGAAGUUACUGCAUUUAUUUUAAUAACUUUUAUUCAUCCUAACCUCUGGUACAUUUUCAAAUGACUUUUGUAGAGAUUUCCUCGAUGGGUGGUGUAAUGAAUGUUUAUAUAUAGUUAUAAUAUAGGUGAGUUUGAUUAAUGAAUCAUAAUGAAUAGCUAUUGAAACCUAGAGUAUCACUGCAGAAGUUGAUCUGUAGAAAUAUGAUGAAUUGUUGUAAAAGAAAAAUAAAGUCCAAAGAAAAUUGUCAAAUCAAAA